CAGAUCUUGAUACACAUGAGAUUCAUAUGUUUUCCGACAUAUUCAUCCGAGGUACCAUUCCGACAGUUGAGGCACAUAGCCCCAAAGGAGCGGAGUCAACGUGCUCACACCUUCUUCAGUGGAUUGAAUGAGUGUUGUAUACUCUGCGCACCCGCACAACCCCUUACUCCAGAAGUGGUAUACUCGACAUCAAAUUUUUUUUAAAUAAUAUAUUUCAUGUCAAGCAUUCGAGCGAGGACAAAGAAUUAUGUGAAAUUUCAUCCAUCCGGCUAUUUCUGAGGAUAUUCGCAGAUCGAGGGCCGGCUGUAUGCUUGCAGUGCCGAACCGACCCCGCAGCCUUUCAUUGCCGAAAGGUCUGAAAUCGGCAGAGCCGAAUUCUGAAGAUUCUUAGGAAACGAUAUAGCCGUUCCAUGAGAGUUAACUCCUUUUAAAUACAUAGAAAUAGCGAUAUAGACCGUUUAAAUCGACCUGUUUUUUGAUUUAUGUUUGUUUUCAUGGUGUGAGACAAUCGGCUAUCUGCAUUUUGGAAAAUGACGUUCAGAUCAAGACAUCCUGAGAUCGAUGUUCCCACAAAUAUAACGGUAUGGCAGUGGCUAUUCGAAUCGCCUCAAUUCUCGGUCCUACACAAAUACCAGCCGCACGAGCUGGCGGGAUAUACCAAUGCGGUUACAAAGGAACGCGUCAAUUGGGUACAAGUCAAGGAAGCCGCAACUUACGCAAGCACGGCUUUGGUGAGGAAAUAUGGCAUGAAGGAAGCCGACACCAUAUCACUCUUCAGUCAGAACACAAUCUGGUAUCCUGUAGCUAUGUUUGCGGGGCUCAGGGCGGGUGGUAAGGUGGCUGGGGCCUCCCCAGCGUACAACAUUGAGGAAAUGGCAUAUGCCCUCACGAAGGCGGAGACAAAAUAUCUCAUGACAAGCCCGAACUCGUUGAAGGUUGCCGUGGCUGCUGCUAAGGUUGCUGGAAUUCUGCGAGAACAUAUCUUUCUACUCGAAGGAAACGUAGAGGGAUUCACUACCUUCAAGGACCUGCAAGAGAUCGGGAAAGGCUACGGCGAGCAGGGCCAGAUUCCCCCAUAUACGAUACCGGCCGGCAAGACAAAUAAGGAUAUCUGCGGCUUUUUGAACUUUUCCAGUGGAACAACUGGAUUGCCGAAGGCUGUCAUGCUUUCGCAUCACAAUGUAAUGGUCCAGUGUUUGCAGAUGAAAGCGAUCACUCCGUGCGAACCAAAAACGUUUCUCGGUGCUUUACCACUGUUUCACAUCACCGGCCUCAACCGCUUCUGCAAUAGCCCCAUCCACCAAAACGACGAAGUCAUCCUCCUCCCACAAUUUACCAUGGAACUCACCCUCAAGUCCAUCGUGGAAUACAAAAUCACCGAACUAAUCCUAGUCCCGCCAAUCGUCAUCCGAUUCAUCCAAGAUAAAAUCGUAGACCAAUACGAUCUCUCCUCCAUCAAACGCAUAUCCUGCGGCGCCGCACCACUGAGCAAAGAAGUCGUCCAAUUGCUCGCGAAGAGGUUCCCCGACGCCGGGUUUAGACAAGGAUAUGGCAUGACAGAGUCGUGCGGCUGUCUGACCUCCCACUCUCCUAAGUACUAUGGCUACGAGUACGCGACCACAGUGGGCGAUUUGAUCCCGUGCACGGAAAUCAAAAUCGUCGAUGACCAGGGGAAGGAACUGGGCUAUAACCAACCUGGAGAAAUCCUUGCCAAGGGCCCACAGAUCGCCAUGGGUUAUCUCGGCAACGAGAGCGCCACGGCCGAAUCCUUCUGUGGGGACGGAUUCUUCCACACGGGCGAUAUUGGUAGUAUGAAUGAGGAAGGCCUAGUCACGAUCGUCGAUAGGAUCAAGGAGAUGAUCAAGGUGAAGGGAAUCGCCGUUGCGCCUGCCGAACUUGAAGAUUUACUCCUUGGCCAUCCGUAUGUCUCUGAUACAGCGGUGCUGGGCAAAAUGGACGACUAUGCGGGUGAGAGACCGAAGACGUACGUUGUGCUCAUACCGGGCGUUGAAAAAUCAGAGGGUGUUGGGAGGGAGCUGAUGCAGUAUGUUAGGGAGAGGAAGGUCCGAUUUAAGUGGGUGGAAGAGAUCGAGUUUACGGAUGCGGUGCCGAAGAGUACGAGUGGGAAGAUUUUGAGACGGGUUCUGAAGGAGCAGGAAAGGAAUGGUGUUAGGGGGGUAGUUGUACGUGAGAGUGAGCAUGAGAAGGAGAGGGCGAGGUUGUGAUUUUUAGAAAAAAAUAGGCAAAAGAUCGCCUCGCAGGCGGCUCCUCCAUUUUUAAGGUUUGGGUCUAUUUAAGCUUAUCGGGCCAAGAAAGAAUUACGCUAACCGGUUUAGGGACAUUUGUCGCCGAUCAGCGAAAAUGGCCUUAACGCUGUGCGUCGCCAUAGCUCAGUAUGCUUUUUGGUAAAACCUUUACUAAGCAAAGUCAAUAUACAAGAAGGGGCCAGGCAAGCAUCUUAAGGUUUCUCCUUUUCCAUUGCGUUGUAGGGUUAUUUCUGCAAAUUAGGGUCACUCGACAAAGAAUACAACGCUUUCAGAUGUGGACCGUGGUAGUGAGAGAAAGGGUUCCCGGAGGGAGGGAUGGGUGUUGGGAAGUAAUGACUUUAUCUGAAAAGUGCCUGUAAUUACUAACUGCCACACACAUCACAUCUAAGACCUCUAUUUGAUGUUCAUGAUCUCUCAACAUUCAAGAAUGAUUGAUUGUAUUUAAGGAUUCGAUGUAAGGAUGGGCAAUAUGUAGGUGUAUAAUCUUCAAUAAAGCCAUGAAGCUCGA